AUCCUCUAUUUAUUUUUAUUUUCUACUCAUAUACCUAUUUCUCGCAUAUUAUACGGAAUGGCCCUCCAAUAUAUUACAAAUGUCGCGUCAAAAGCGAGUCCCUGGAGCUCUAAACCCGUCCUGACUGAUGAAGAUGAAGCUUUCUUACAACGCGUCACGUCGAAUCCUGACGACAGCAACAAUAAUAACAACACCACAUCAGCAGAAGUAGUAACGCCUUUGGGUAGAGAUGCGCAGAUUGCGUUGAUGGAUGGUGCUCAAGAUAUUCCGUUACCAAUGUCUCCAUCGGAGAAUGUGGAGAGGGAAGUUCCUAAGGAAGUGAACGAGGCUGGGAAGGAGAAAGUCGAGUUGAAUAAUGAGUCAGCUGCAACGACGAAAAAGAGAAGACCCUGGAGUCUUUGGAUGAGGAAAAGAAGUCACGAUGCUAAAUCGAAGAAGGACGCCAAAGGAAAAGGACCCAAAGUCGACGCGGACGAAAUAUCCACAAAACCAACAACUGCGGAUGGCAAUCCACUAACAGACGAAGAGCAGAAAGAGGAACAAGAAGACCUCGCCAUAAUCAUGGAACGGUUGAAUCUCGCCGCCCAAAACAACCGCGCCUUCUCUAUCAGUGACGAGACGCAGCAACUCUUGGAGAAAUUCAAAUUGAUAUUCAAGGAUCUCGUUACGGGCGUACCUACAGCAUAUCGCGAUCUAGAAAUGCUGUUAAUGAACGGUGACAAACAACUCAAAGACGCAUUUGGGCAUCUCCCUGCGUUUCUGCAGAAGCUUGUUCAACAACUUCCAGAGCGAUUCACCGAGUCGCUAGGUCCCGAACUCCUGGCUGUAGCUGGCGAAAGAGCUUCGAGGAGCGGAGUCAAUUUGGAAAAUGCAGGUAAAGCGGCAGCUGCAGCGCAGAAGAUAGGAUUCAAGACGCCGAGUUUGAAGGAACUUGUGGGCAAGCCAACUGCGAUUGCGGGUAUGAUGAGGUCGAUUAUCAGUUUUCUUCGAGCUAGAUUCCCGGCUGUUUUAGGGAUGAACGUGCUGUGGUCUUUGGCUUUGUUUAGUAAGUUUCGAACCUGGGUAUGGAUUGGAUAUGUGCUGACGGUUCCUUAGUUGUAUUGCUUGCCCUUUGGUACUGUCACAAGCGUGGCAAGGAGGUACGAGUAGAGAACGAGCGGCUCGUCACGGAAGCCGAAAUCGCCAAAAUGAACGAAGAGUACGAACAGCAUAUCCGUCCUACAGAGACUCUCAGCACAACGGCGCCUAGAGACGCACCAAUCUCCGAUGUGCGUGAUGGUGUCGAGCAAGUCCAGAAGAUGCGAGAGCAGGCGUCUUCAACCGACUCCAAUACCGACGUACAAACACCAACGACAGAGACGGCAUCACCGGCUACGACAGCAGCUGCUGCUGCGUCAAGCAGCAGUAAUACGGAACCUACACCCACAUUGACUACUCCUACAACUGGAAGAAGAAACUCUGAACGAAAUCGAUUCUCGCUCUUGCGCACAUUCUCGAAGAGAACGAAAAGCGAAGACACGAGUAAUAUUCAACCAUACCCCGGCACAUAAAAAAAAUCUUUCCUUUCCCGGCAAUAGUAUUCGGUUUCAUGAGAGCAACUUUGACGAUUUAUGAUGUAUUUAAUGAUGUGAUUAUGCAGAUUCCUUCGGGGACAUUCCGAUAUACUUUAGAACACGAUUGAUACCUUUCUGUUUGAGAUUUAAUGACGAAAUGAUACUGGACGUGUUCGGUUCGGCCACAUGCCUAUAUCCGACACAUUGGUGGUUGUACGACAAUAAAACACUACAAAAAUAAACACUUCCCCGAAUAAUACUAGUGUCAUGGGACCGCAUUCCGCAGACGUCUGAUUCGCUACAUUUUAUGUACUUUGUCCACA